AUGAGUGACAUAGAAGAAGGAAAUCAUAUUGUGCUUGCAGAAUCAUUCGAAGAUAAUGAGGAAAAUUUCGUUAAUAAUGAAGAAAUUACCAAAGAUAAUGAGUGUCCUGCAUCAGAAGAAGAUAGUGAUCUUGUCCCUAAGGUUGGAAUGAAAUUCAAUGAGGAGAAAGACGUUUUUGAAUUUUACAAAAAAUAUGCUUACCAUGUGGGUUUUUCUGUUAAAAGAAGGAGUUCGAGCAAGGGUGAUGACGGUGUUCUAAUUUAUAACUCACCUGUUGUUGAAGCUAGUGGAUAUGAGAACCUGACAUUUGUGGAAAAGGAUUGUAGAAAUUACAUUGAUCAGGUGAGGAGGUUAAGACUUGGGGAAGGAGAUGCUACUGCUAUUCAAGCUUAUUUUUCGAAGAUGCAAGCCUUUUAUCUGGGUUUUUACUUUAGUGUGGAUUUGGAUGAAGAUGGCAAAUUGAAGAACGUCUUUUGGGACGAUAAUAGGUGUAGACAAGCAUUUAAGGAAUUUGGCAACGUUAUCACAUUUGACACCACAUACUUGACCAAUAGGUACAACAUGCUGUUUGCUCCAUUCGUUGGUGUAAAUCACCAUGGACAGUCGACAUUGCUUGGAUGUGGUAUUAUUUCCAACGAGGACACUGGGACUUUUGUAUGGUUGUUUAAGACAUGGCUUGAGUGUAUGGAGGAUCAAGGGCCUGCAGGAAUAAUCACUGAUCAAGAUAGGGCCAUGCAAAAUGCUAGCGUACAUGAGGUGGUGUAUGAAUCACAGAGUUCUGAAGAAUUCGAGAAGGCCUGGAAUUCAAUGAUUGAGAAAUAUGCACUGCAUGACAAUGAUUGGUUGUCUGGACUUUACAAAGAAAGAGGUCGAUGGGUCCCAUGUUUCGUGAAAACUAGUUUUUGGGCAAGGAUGUUAACAACGCAGCGGGGUGAGGGUAUGAACGCAUUUUUUGAUGGAUUUGUACACUCAAAAACCUCAUUGAAGCAAUUUGUUGAACAAUAUGAGCGGGCAAUGAGGUGUAAAGUUGAAAAGGAGUUUCAGGCCGACGUAAGGUGGGAUCCUCAAAAUCAAACAAAAGGCAAUGCCCCAAUUCAAAACAUUGUCGAAGAUGCUCAAGUAUUCAAUCAAGCUUUUUCACAAGAUGCACAAUAUCAGGCGCUUCCACCAAUCUCUCACUCACAACAAUUGAUGAGUGCCUAUGGUGCCUACCUCUCGUACAAGUAA